CGGCAGUGAGUAUGUGUGUGACGGACCCCGAGUCGUCUGCGGCCGGGGGACCCCUUCCCGCCCUCCGCCUCGCCCGCUGGGCUGUGGAACUAGCGCGCGUCCCCCCUGUGUCCCUCACUCGUGGCGGGGCUCGGCUCGUGGCCUCUCAGUCGAGCUCUGCUCCACGCGACUCCGCGGACCGGCUGGGGUGUCCGCUUCUCCCUGCCCCUCCAAGGCCUGAGGCCGUGGUUCAAAAAUGGCUGGGCGCCCAUGGCCUCGCAUCAAGGUUGCUGACUUUCCAUGAUGUUUGGUGGUUAUGAGACCAUAGAAGCAUAUGAAGAUGACCUUUAUCGUGAAGAGUCAUCUAGUGAACUGAGUGUUGAUAGUGAGGUGGAAUUUCAGCUCUACAGCCAAGUUCAUUAUGCCCAAGAUCUUGAUAAUGUCAUCAAAGAGGAAGAACAUGAAGAGAAGAACUCUGGGAAUUCUGAAUCAUUCAGUAGUAAACCAAAUCAGAAGAACUUAAUUAUCCUUUCAGAUAGUGAGGUCAUCCAGCUAUCAGAUGGGUCAGAGGUCAUCACACUGUCUGAUGAAGAUAGUAUUUAUAAAUGUAAAAGAAAGAAUUUUAGAGUCCAUGCAGAAGAAAAGACCCAAGGUCCUCCUGCUUUUCUUCAUUCUAAUGAGUUGGCAGAUAAGAAAUGCAAGAGGGAUAUUGAGAAGACUAAACCUGGAGAGAGAUCAGGUACAAUCCAAGAGGUCAUGAUUAUAGAGGUCAGUUCAAGUGAAGAGGAAGAGAGCACCAUUUCAGAAAGCGAUAAUGUGGAAAGCUGGAUGCUGCUGGGAUGUGAAGUUGAUGAUAAAGAUGACGAUAUCCUUCUCAAUCUUGUGGGGUGUGAAAAGUCUGUUAAUGAAGGAGAAGAUGGUGUAAACUGGUUCAUCAGUGACAAAGACGUUGAGGCACAGAUAGGUAAAAAAAGAACAUCUGGAAGAUGGACCCACCGAUACUAUUCAGUCAACAAAAACGUUACCUGUAGAAAUUGUGACAAAUGUGGCCAUUUGUCAAAAAACUGCCCCUUUCCACAAAAAGUCCGCUCCUGCUGCCUCUGCUCCGAGAGAGGACACCUCCAGUAUGCCUGUCCGGCCCGCUUUUGCUUUGACUGUUCUUUGCCUAUGUCUUCUACUCACAGAUGUCUUGAAAGACCUUCCUGGAGAAAACGGUGUGACAGAUGUGAUAUGAUAGGCCACUAUGCUGAUGCUUGCCCAGAAAUCUGGAGGCAGUAUCACCUAACGACCAAACCUGGACCACCCAAAAAGCCAAAGACCCCUUCUGGACAAUCAGCCUUAGUGUAUUGCUACAACUGCGGACAAGAAGGCCAUUACGGACAUGAAUGUACAGAAAGACGAAUGUUUAACCAGACCUUUCCAACAUCUCCAUUCAUCUACUACUAUGAUGACAAAUACGAAAUCCGGGAGAGAGAUCAGAGAAUAAAACGAAAAGUGAAAGAACUCCAGAAGAAUGGGGACUUUCCAAGGCAGUUCAAGAGGCCUCAUAUGGAAGCAGCAGAUAAGAGGCCCCACCGUGAUAUGAGGAAGAGCCAUGCCUCAUGGAGAAAUAACACAUGGCCUCAAGAAAAGAAAGAAACCCAAAAAGAAGCCAUGAACAGGACCAGCAGAGAGCGUGAGAAGCACAGGAAGGCUGACAGGUGUCAUGAAGUGGAUGAGGACUACCCCAGGGGCCCCAGAGUCCACUCUUCUCCUGGCACUGUCAAAACCCAGAAGCCUCACAAGCCCUUUCACCACUCAUCGCAUUACCACAAGCCAAGAGAAGACAGGCUGCCCAGAGAGGGCAGGAGGGUCAGGCAUAAGAAAAAGGAGAGCUGUUGGGAGGAUGAUGGCAAUGAUAAUUUAUUUCUCAUUAAGCAGAGGAAAAAAAAAGUCUAAGCUGUGAGUUAGCUUCUGAUUUGGCUUCCCAGUGUUUGGUCUUCAUGUCUACAACAUCCUGGCAAUAUUUGUAUUAUCUAUGAUUAAAUAAAAUGAGGUUUUUGUUUUUGUUUUUUUAA